CAGCUCAAAAAGCGCUUUGUAAUUCUGCUGAGUAGUAAAGGAAAGAAAAAGAGACUAAACGGAGAAAAGUGAACGCCGGAUUAUUAAAAAAAAUACUUUUUUAUAUUUGUAAAAUUAAACAAAGGGCUCACACAGCAUGACUGGUGAAACCAAGUUGGAGAAAAAGCCUCUUGGCGAUGCCAAGGACCUUAAAGGCAAGGGACAAGAAAGUAGCAAGGCCAAAAAAGAUGAAAAAGAGCAGCAGCCCGAGCUAUCCGAUGAGGAUCAACAGCUGCAGGAAGAGUUGGAGAUGUUGGUGUUACGUUUGCAGGAAAAAGACAAGCAAAUGUAUCAGCCAGCACUCGAAAUGAUGGCCAAGUUGAUCCGCGCCUCAACGACUUCGAUGACAUCGGUGCCCAAGCCACUAAAAUUUAUGCGUCCUCACUAUGAGACCAUGAAGAAGGUAUACAAGCAAAUGCCCGACGAGCGUUCACGCCAACUAUGCGCUGACAUAAUUUCAGUGCUCUCCAUGACCAUGGGCAGUGGUAAAGAUUGUCUAGCCUAUCGCUUCCUCUGCGAUCGCAACCAGGCCAUUGGCGACUGGGGUCACGAAUAUGUGCGUCAUUUGUCUGGCGAAAUAUCCGCACACUAUCACGACACGACGGGUGAGUUUCGUACUCAGCUCAUCCAAUUGGUUAAGCAGAUAAUACCGUACAACAUGGAGCAUAAUGCAGAGGCAGAUGCCUGUGAUUUGCUCAUUGAGAUUGAUCAUUUGCAUUUGCUGGCUGAAUAUGUGGAUGAGUCCGCCUAUCCUCGUGUCUGCUUGUAUCUGCAGUCCUGCUAUCCCUACGUACCCGAGCCGGACAACACGAUUAUUCUAGAGACGGCUCUACAGCUGGCCCGGAAGUUCCACCAGCAUACGCAGGCCAUGAGGCUGGCCCUGAUGCUAAACGAUAUGGGCAAGAUUGGCGACAUAUUCAAGGAGCCCAAGGAGCCAGCAAUGCAGAAACAACUUGCCUUUAUGCUCGCGCGCCAGCAGGUGUGUCUGGAUCUGGAUGAGUCCCUGUCGGACUACGAUGAUUUAAUGGAAAUUAUGUCGAAUGCAAAUUUGAAUAAGCAUUUCUUGAAUUUGGCCCGUGAGCUGGACAUUAUGGAACCAAAGACCCCCGAAGAUAUUUACAAAUCGCAUUUGGAUAAUUCCCGCUCGCGCUUCGCAUCCAUUCAAGUGGAUUCGGCAAAGCAGAAUUUGGCUGCCAGCUUUGUGAAUGGUUUUGUUAAUGCCGGAUUCGGUGUGGACAAAUUGCUCUCAGAGGAUGGAAAUAAGUGGUUGUAUAAGAAUAAGGAGCAUGGCAUGCUCUCGGCCACAGCCUCCCUGGGUCUGAUUCUGCUCUGGGAUGUCGAUGGUGGCUUGACUAUGAUUGAUAAAUAUCUUUACUCCACCGACGACAACAUUAAGUCGGGCGCUUUGCUGGCCUGCGGCAUUGUCAACUGCGGCAUACGCAACGAAGUGGAUCCGGCACACGCUUUGCUCUCCGAUUAUAUUGAAAACCAGAAUACGUGCAUGCGCAUAGGCGCGAUUUUGGGAUUGGGCAUCGCCUAUGCUGGCUCUAAUCGGGCCAUUGUCAUCGAUACGCUGAAAACGAUAUUUGCCAGCAAUGGCAAAACAGCUGCUAGUGUUGAGAUUCUGGGAAUAACUGCACUAUCACUGGGAUUGAUAAGCGUUGGCUCGUGCAAUGCUGAGAUUACUGAGAUCUUGCUGCAGACCAUCAUGGGUUUGACCAAGUCAGAUCUGAAGGAUACCUAUACGCGUUUCCUUUGGCUGGGCUUGGGUCUCCUCUACUUGGGGCGUCAGAAGUCCACAGAGGCCGUCAUGAUGACACUGGAGGUGUUGGAGGAGCCAUAUCGCAGCAUGGCCACCACUAUGGUGGACAUCUGUGCCUAUGCUGGCACUGGCAAUGUGCUUAAAAUUCAGCAGCUGCUUCACAUAUGCUCCGAUCAUUAUGAGUCUACCAGCGCCGAUGAGGAGAAAGAGAAGAGCAAGAAGGAUAAGAGCAAGGAGAAGGAGAAGGAUAAGGACAAGGAGAAGGAGAAGGAAAAGGAGCGCGAAAAAGAUCUGUCGGCUACACAAUCGAUUGCUGUGUUGGGCAUUGCUCUGAUUGCCAUGGGUGAGGACAUUGGUGCCGAGAUGGCGUAUCGCUCGUUUGGCAAUCUGUUGCGCUAUUGCGAACCCUCUAUUCGACGUGCAGUUCCCCUCGCUCUGGGUCUGAUAUCUGCCUCCAACCCUAAGUUGAAUAUCCUCGAUACGUUGAGCAAGUUCUCACACGACAGCGAUGCAGAGGUGGCACACAAUGCCAUCUUUGCCAUGGGACUGGUGGGUGCUGGCACCAAUAAUGCACGUCUCGCCUCGAUGCUUCGUCAACUGGCUCAGUACCACUCAAAGGAUCCGAGCAAUUUGUUCAUGGUGCGCAUUGCUCAGAGUUUGACGCAUUUGGGCAAGGGUACACUCUCUCUUAGCCCGUAUCACAGUGAUCGCCAGUUAAUGAAUCCGAUGGGUGUUGCUGGCUUGAUGGCCACUUUGGUAUCGCUUCUUGAUGUCAAGAAUCUUAUCCUCAAUCGUUCCCAUUAUCUGUUGUACACCCUGGUACCGGCCAUGCAGGCACGCAUGCUCAUCACCUUCGACGAGGAGCUCAAUCAGCUGCAGGUGCCGGUCCGUGUGGGCAUUGCCAUCGAUGUGGUUGGCCAGGCGGGUAAACCGAAGACCAUAACCGGCUUCCAAACACACACCACGCCCGUGCUGCUGGCAAUUGGCGAACGCGCCGAAUUGGCCACCGAUGAGUAUAUCUCGCUAACACCCGUCAUGGAAGGAUUUGUAAUAUUGAAGAAGAAUCCUAAUUUUGUCAAGUAGUUUCACGUCUAAUUAAUGUCAAAUAUCGCCCAUAUAAGAAAAGUCCAAAAUUAAACCUAACUCCCUAAAAAUGGUCGUCUCUUUAUUGGCAAAUGAACGCAAAUUGCAUACAAUAAUAA